GCGGCUUCGUACGGGGCUGUCACACCGCAGGCGAGCGGGGCAGUGAUUGCCUCUUCUCAUCCAAUUCAUUCAGGUGCAGCGUGGAAACGAUUCGGGCAUUCGCUGGAAUCUAAACUGCGUGGAAAAAUUGUUGUUCCUUCCAAGGUGAUUAUGAAAACUGGAACUUAUUGAAGAUUUCAGUUCGUCAUUCAAAAUAAGAAUUCAGAAAUGCUGCAUACAAAAGAUGAAGCAGAUUAUUCAUCUGAAAUUUCAUCAGAGAUUGCACAACUUGAUGAAUUGGCUAUCUCACAUAGGACACAUAGUGGUGAGAAUGAUGGCUACCCUGAUGCUGUUUACAUGAUUUCAGCUCACUUAUUUCAGGCCAUACAUAACGAGAAACCUGCUCCUAGGAGGCUUAUACGCUAUGACAAUAAUUUCAAGUCACCUGUUCCACAAAUCAAAGAUGACAAACUCCACCGCUUGGUGUACGAUCUAGCCUUCAGUGCUUUGAAGUAUCAAGAUAUCUUAGAAGAAAUAAUGAUUAACAGUUGUUUUUAUCCAUCUCAGCCAGUUUCUGUUGACUUGACGAGUCUCGUACUUAUUAUGCUAUAUGAUUACCAAAAUCGUAAAUUCCAGCCUCGAAGCAUCUCUGAAGCAGAGACUAUAAUACCUGAAGUUAGAGAAGUAGAGAAGAGCCUUUCAGAUUGUAAAACAAAGCUUGCUGCUGCACUUGCCCGGUGUCGGAUUAAAAAUAAUGCCAUCUCCAUAGACUUAAUUCUUCCUGAAUCUGUGAGAAAUCAAGAAAAACGUGCUUCUUCUUUGCCACUGUAUGCUUGGGUGAACUUAUUAAAGACCAGUGUUGAAGAUGUUACUGCUUUAUUGGAGAGUAAAGGCUUUACCAAGGUGAAAUGCGCUAGUGAUCUUGAGGGACUGUCCUUUUGUGAGGAUCGACAUUGCCAAGAUGUGCUACUUUUUCCAACUCAGCUAACAUCAAAGCUUUAUAACAUGGAACUUGUUACCAGUUACAAGAUGAUCAUCCAAGAUAAAAGUCGAAGCCUCGCACCACAUUCUGUAAAGCCCUUAAUGAACAUGGACGAUGAUAUUGUUGUUACGAAUUCAGGCUCGCGGAUGACUAUUGCCCAUAUGUCUGCUCUGAUUAAUCAGAGCUCUUCAAAAGUCUAUGUUUGUGGGGUGAAGGCAGAAUUGGAACAAAGUGAACUGAGGACCCUGUUUGAAAAAAUGGGUUGUAAAAACAUAAAGCUGAUACCCCAGAGAUUCACUGACAUCGAACCUAUGGAUCCACGUUUACAAAAGGCUAAGGUUAUUCUAAUUGUGCCUCAGUGUUCAGCAUCCGGCAUCAGCAAUCCAGUGGAAUUCAUCUUAAAUGAACGUGGAGAUACAACUCUACUACAGGAGCUUUCUCAGGAAAAAGUAUCAGAAGAGAAACUCAGAUCACUGGCUGAAAAACAAGCAGAGGACUUGAUGCAUGCUAUUAGAUUUCCUAAAGUUCAGGCUAUUAUCUAUUCUACGUGCUCAAUUUACCCUGAGGAGAAUGAAGAAGUAGUGAAGCCAGUAUUGGGAAAGAAACUAGAAGGAAGCAAAGUCCAAUCUUACAGGCUAAGUGCUCCUGUUAUUCCUUUGUGUUGUCCAGCAGAAAUAACUUGUGCUUCAGAUAAAUUCUUAAAGAUUCAACCAUCGGAACAAGUCAAUGGCUGUUUUAUUGCUGUAUUAACUCGAGAGCGAGACCCUUCAGCUGCAGUAUCUGUAAAGGAUGUUUUGGCUCGAGCAGCAGCAAAGGGAUUACUGGAAGGCGUUGAGGUGGCCAAAACUCGUAAGAAGGAAGAAAAGAGAAAGAAAAACAAAGUAUUUACACCAAAAAUUGGAUCUUUUGGUGGAACUCAGUCAAAGAUCACUGAAUUCUUAAAUGAACAGAAAUCAGUUUCAGAUAGUGCAAGUUCUCCAGCAAGCCGGGCAUUAAACUCCACAGUGAGCCAGUCAUUAUCCAGAACCGUGAACAGUGGAACUGGGUCAAAUAUCAAGUUACCCCAAAAAAUAUCCAUUCCUGCAUUACCUGAUAAAAUGAAAAGGAAUAUUAGUAAUGUAUCUUCAAUAGGAAGAUUGUCAAGUAGAAAAUCAAGCUCAUCUGCAUCAAAACAAGAGUUGAAGUUGGUGUUAAAGCCAUUUGAGAUGAUGCUUCCUCCAGUCACAGUACGAUAUUUCAAUUCACCUAAGGUUUCAAACCAUGGUUACAAUCAGCCUUACUUCUUUCAGUACCAAGGACUAGCUAGUCAGCCACCAUUCCCAUAUUCACACAACUCAUUUGUGACUUCGCUUGGUAUGAAAAAGCAACGCGAUCAAGGUAUGUCCUUCUCCCCUAGGCAACCACGCCCUUGGCUCUAAGGUAAAUCAUGAACUGUAGCAAAGAUGCUUUAAAAUUUGAAUUGCACACUGCCUUGGUUAAGUAAUAUAAAUGAUUUUAAAAUGACAUGUUGCUUAAACUUUGGAACGUUUCAACACCACACAAAUAGCAAUCUGGAGACUCACUGUUUUAAAAAAAAGUUCAGAACAAGUGAAUAAUCAUAUAACAUUUAUGAAUGCAGCAUUGCUACAAUGCAACUGUUGAAAUGUCCCAAGGUAAAGUACUGCAGAACAGUUACCUCAGUUAAAGCAAAACCCAGAACGAACCCUUUGAAAAGGUUCUUAAAUAAGCAUGCUUUCUCAUUGUAAUUAUUUACAUUCUUAAAAUUAAAUUAUAUACUGUGAUUGGAUGUCCAAAACAGUUACUAAGAAUCAUAAUAACAUGAUUCAAUUCAAAUCCACUUGAUCUUUCUUUCCUACAUUGUUUGAUGAUGUGUAUUAAUAACUGAACAAUUAAAAUGGGACUGUAUGCAGCUCCCAUAGAGACGGCAAGGGAAAAUGUAUCUGCUACAGAAAAUAUUUAUAGAGGCAAAGAUUUCCUGGGAAGAGGUUGUCCCUAACCCUCUCCCUCAAAUAAUUAUCUUAAGACUGUCAGCCUUAAAUGGAUGACCAAAUGAUCUUGAUUUAUGUAUAGCACAUGCUACAGUGAUCUAUCUAAAGAGCCUCCUGGGAAUUAAAAAGAAACAUCACAUUAACAUGUUUUAGUUCAGUUCCCCAGACUUAUUUUAAAGAAUAAUAUAUUGUUGACUCUGUAAGAGUUGUGUUAUUCUUGUAUGUCAGCAAUGACUGAGUGUUUUUUUUCUUUUGUAAGAUUACUUUCCAAUUUAGUCUUUGACAAGGUUAGGUGCAGUGUAUUUUGAGGUACACAGCAACAGCAUAGGUAUUAUUAGAUCAGUUUUGCUCUUUGUGUUUCUCUUAUCCUGGUCUAUUUCAGAUUGAAAGUCUUAGAAGGGUUGGUGGAGAAAAAUAAAGUAAUUGCUGCAAAAUCUGCUGUCCAAAUAGGAAAUUGUCUUAAUCCAGGUUAUUUUAAUGACUGGAGAUUCCUCCUAUUUUGCUUGAAAGUUGGGUGUUCGCUUAAUAUAUUAGACAAUCAUCUGGAUUGUGCAGAAUCUAGCCAUCUGCUUGCAUUUGCUUCCAUGUGCUUUCCCUACAGCAACAUUUUUGUGCCCUAUAGGACUGAAUGAGCUGGAGAUCAGCUUACUGUGACCAUACCUUGAGGCAGGGACAUCAUGAGCUCUCCCCAAUGGAAUUCCAAAGAAAAGCUUCAUACUAGUUAGGCCAGCUUGAAUAUUUUAAAUUGUCUUGAAUGCUGUAGAAUUAUAUUGCAAUAAUUUACAUUUAUAUCAAACAUACAUUUUCAAAACUAAUGUUACAACAUUAAUUCAGAUGAUUUGCUAUUGCUUUCAUAUUAUAAAGUCAAAACAUUGAAAUGAAACAAGAAAGUGCUGGAAAUAUUCAGCAGACCAGGUAUAAUGAGCUAGAUAACCUUCAGAAUUUUAUUUUUGUAAUACAGAUGCUAGCUGGUCUGUCAUCAUUUCCAGCAUUUUCUGGUUUUACUCUCAUCCCAACAUGUAGUUUACUAUCUAAACCCCAUCUCGGCAGCUUUGCUGAAUAAUAUUCUAUCAUGUGUUAACCUUUUUUGUGAGUGAGCUAACUUGUAUAAUGAUCUUUCAGAUGGGUUACUUAAAGCUUGUAAAGCAGCUGAAGAGAUUCUUUCAUCAAAUUAAGUAGCAUCAAGGACUUUCCCUUAUUACAAUAAUAGCUUUAUAAAAUCACUUAUCUGGGGUAAAUGUUAGUCACUGCCAUAAUGAUAAAGAACAAAGGCAGUUAUUUGCCUGAUACGUUUGUUUCAUUUCCAUCACUGCACCUCUGCUCUACUUGCAGUAACACUGCUGAGACUUUGUGUUGGGUUGAUUGUCAUUUUUGUAAUGGUUGACAAAAAAAAUCCCGAGGUUUGAGGUAUGUGAGGCCUGUAGGAAUUUCUUACCAAUGAAAUGUUUUAUUCUAUAUCCUAGGAAUAUUCAAUUUUUAAGCCUAUUUUGCAUUUGAAUUUAGAUGUAAUAUCUUUAAUUUCACUUGGGACUGACAUUUUAACCUACAAGAAUUCAUACUCUUUAGUGCCUCACUAAUCUUUUAAUGGAAAUUCAUUUAUAUCUCCUAUCAUUAUUACCCCAUAUGUUUUAUAUGUUCUUAAGUUUUCUUGCAAGAAAUUAAACCGUUAAAGUAUUUAAUCCUUGUAAUAAACUUUAAAAAACUAAUAUUUUUGAAAGAAAUUAAAGUUUAUGAAAUGUUUAGUUAAUCAAACAUAAUGUUAGGUAAAAAUAGGUUUCCUGGGUGACAGUGCCUUGUCUGAUUCAGGGCAGAAUAUGAUCAGCACAUCACAUUUUAUUGGCUACAUUUUAGAUCUGCCAUGAUUUGUGGAAUAAACCAAAUCAAGAAUACUAUAUUGGUUAUUAAAUGCUCAUAAUUAUUUGCAAGUACCUUCAAAUUACUGCAGCUCAACAUACAAACAUAUAUGAACAUAUUUCUUUUAAAAGCUUUGAUGUUAAGUAUUUAACUUGAAAAGAAUCCAAUUAAAUUACCAUAAAGAUAAUGAGGUGUAAAUAAAAUUAGUUUAAUCCUGAACAACUGAGAUCGAUGGCAGCUUGAAGAGUGUAAAGAAAACGGGUCUAGGCAGGAGACAUUGCCAUCACAAUCCCUUCAAGACAAAAUUAUUCAAAAAUUGCAAAUGAAAUGCCACUUCAUCUUUCUUGUAUACAAGUUUCUUAUCUAAAUGUCUGUGAAAUGUAAUUACAUUCAAACGUUAUCACAAAUCUCCAUCUUUAAAUAACAUUCAGUAGUGUUAACAACGAUUGAUGGAAAAAUCAACAUAACUAACCGCAAUGAAAAAAAUUCAUUUAUAAAUCUGUCGAGACUAAUGAAAAGCAAUUCGUAGUGAACUCUUGAAAUAGUUGUAAGUGGUCGACUAUUUAUUACUAUUCACACAUUCUGAUUCAUUAAGUCUUGUAAAGAUUUCUGUAGACCCCAAAUGGUACACACCGUAGCUCAGCAAUUAUACCAGAUAUGUAAAGCAGAAUUUAUUUUAUAUAAAUAAAAUUAGAAUUUUAGUUUUGUUUGUAUAUCAUAGUGCAUUUAUUCCAGUGUGGAAGAACCAAGUACUAGCAUUGGCAUUCUCUUGCGGAUCUGCAGUACCCUGUUUUUACUGUGUAAAAUAGUUCUCCCUUCCCCCCCCCCACCCCAUCACUUACACGCACAGUCUGCCAAGCCUUUUAACCCCAGACAUUGAAGACAUGCAUUUGAUUACUCUUCAAAUAUGUUCUAUUGCAGUAAACAUUCUUUCAGUUACUUCUUUAAAAUAACAUUACUAGAAGCUUGGUUAUUUUCUAAUGCUGUUGUUUCUAAGAAAGGCCCUAACCAAUCUUGACUGUUUAUUUUAACAUUACUUUAAUGCUGUAUAAAUGAAGUGUUAUGAAGAUUCCAAGUUUUUGCCAAUGAAAUAAGGAAUAAAAUUUAUUCUUUUCACUAAGAAAACAAGUCACAUGUGCUACAUUGUGCACAAAAUUCUGCCUAUAUUCUCUUCAAUACAUUAUGAUUGCGAGAUAUUUUAUUGUAUUGUGGUUUGAAUAGGUUUGCACUUGUUUUCUUUGUAUGCAGUAUUACAUUUGCGAUUAAAAUUGUAACAAAUGCA